CAACAGAAGGGAGACUCAUUUUCACCUUUGCCUUUCAAUCCCGCUUCAUCGUCCGCCAGGCUUGUGAUUCACUCAGCAGUGUCUUAACAGGUGCUUCACAGAUGGCUGCCAGCACUGCAGCCACAACUCUGCUGCCGCCUGUGAAGAGCGUGUUGGUGUACAGGAAUGGCGACCCCUUCUACGGUGGCCGGAGGUUUGUGGUCAACCAGCGGCAAGUGGCCACUAUGGAGGCUUUUCUAAACGAAGUGACCGAGAACAUUGGUGCGCCGCUCGCCGUCAGGACCCUGUACACCCCCAGGCAGGGCCACAAGGUCACACACCUCCAGGACCUUCAGACAGGAUCCCAGUACGUUGCCGCUGGAUUUGAAAAGUUCAAGAAGCUGGACUACCUGAACGUAGGAGCAAAAAAGCACCCUGCUGCCCGUGAAGAAAUCCAGGCUAAAGUAACCCAGAGGCCAAAUGUCUCCGCGAAAUGGAGGAAGUUUAUACCUGUGCCUUGUGUUAUACACGUUUUCCGUAAUGGAGAUCUCCUGUGUCCGCCGUUUCGAUUCCUUAUUCCUCGAAGCAUGCAGCAGGACCUGGAGCAGAUUCUGAGUAUGGUCACAGAGAAGGUCUGCUUACGAACUGGAGCUGUGCGCAGGUUGUGUUCCUUGGAAGGGGUGACUGUGUCCUCAGCUGGGGAGCUGGAGACUGGCCACUGCUAUGUUGCCGUGGGAACCGAGAGGUUCAAGAAACUUCCAUAUGUGGAGCUGUGGGUCUCAAAAGCGACGGAGAGAUAUUACCAAGGAAAGAGACGACUGCUAAGGAGAACGGAGAACAGGAAAGCAGGGAGCGGUCCAGCAGAUCAGUACAGCGACUCAGCUCUCCUCAAUUCACCAGAUUCAGAUGGCCGGAGGGUGAAGUCAACAGGAGAUGAGGCUGCACCUCCACAAGCCCCACAGCAGAGGAGCAGGAGACAGGAAGCAGAUGAGGCCUUUGCAUUCUUCGCCAGGCCGGUCAAAAUCCGCAAGAACAGAGGACUGUCGAGACUACAACUCACAGGAUCUGUCCAGCCCAGCGUAUUUAAAGGAGCCGGACGGAAGAGAAGAGAGGAGGCACGAGGAGCUGAGGAGGUGCAGGAGGAUGAAAAUACAGCCACGGAGCUUCCCGUUGACCAGAGAGUUGCAGAAAUAGUGGAGAAUGAAGAAGUCGUCAACCGCGCAGACGAGCCUCUCCGCAGCAAACAGCAGGAACAGUCGUGUGAACAAAACGGUGUAGAACAUUCCGAAAACUGGACAGACACGUCUGCUGCUGAACUACAGGAACCAGAACAAAAGCACACGUCUCCAAGACCUUCAUCAAUCACCUCGCAGGGAGGGAACUGGGAAGAAAAGGACAAACCACAGGAAGUCCCGUCAAAUACAGUGGAACAGAACCACCGUCAGAACGACGAGUGAAACAGGAGCAAAGAGGAUUCACCAAGGCCGUCACCUCGGCAUCAUGAGCCUAAACAGCUGGACCACGUCCCAAAGCACAGAAAGCGGUUCACCAGAAGAAAGGACAUGAAUGUUGUCAUUUGUAGAAUUUUAACUGUGAUAAUGAGCCAAGUAACAACAUGAAUGUAUCAUGUUAUUCUUUAGGAAACUUGACAGACAUAAAAAUGUGACCUUCCUGGUAUAAAUUAAGACGCACCGAGAGAGGAAAUGGACACAAUGCCAUACGCAAUAGCACAAUAACCUACAGUCCACUGCAAAAACUCCGAACAAGCAAUUAACACGUUUGUAGCAUGCCUGCACACAUCUCGUAAAACUGCUUUUAGUACUAAACAUGAUUGAUAACAUUUAGUAUAUUAAUAUGCGAAGAGGUGCUAAAUAUUACUUAACAGCUUUUCAAGCCUUUGAUCACAGUCCAAAUUGUGAAAACAUUGACCUGGUGAUGACAUUUGGAUUAGGCUAUCACCAAAGAAACACACGUCACUGACAACCACUGAUGUCAACCUGCUGGUGGCACCAGAGAAGAAGUGAGGGCAUCGUUUAAACUUAGUAUGACUCAUCCUCUGAGGACUACGUGUCAAAUGACAUGAUUUGGCUGUAAUACUGUCGAUCAGAUUGUCGCGUAUACACGUCCACACUGAUAACAUGCCUGAGAAACAAAACUGGACUGGAUUUGGUUGCAUUAGUGUUAAUGAUGUUGGGUCCGGUCUGC